GACCAGUGACUAGGGUUUUAGGCAGGAGGUUUUUCUUUUUCUUGCAGCAACGAAAAAGAGAGAGAGAGAGAAAGAGAGAGAGAGCAAUGAUGGCAAUAUCAAGAGUACUUGGAACGGGGAGGGGACUGAUAGCAGUGGCCAAGGCAUCCUCUACUUCCUUUGCUUCCUCUUCUGCUUCAAACACAAGUGGAGCGGGCCUUAUGCGGAUGAUGCCUGUCUCUCCACAGCUGGGCGAGUUCCUCGGAGCCUCCGAAUCGUCUCGCACCGAAGCCGUCAAGAAGAUCUGGGGUUACAUCAAGCUCCACAAACUCCAGAAUCCUGCAAACAAGAGGGAGAUUCUUUGUGAUGAGAAGUUGAAGAGGAUAUUCGCUGGGAAGGACAGUGUUGGAAUGUUUGAGAUCACCAAAUUGCUCUCCCCACAUUUUGUGAAAUCCCAUUGAUAUUUGGCUUAGCCUUUUUGGCACUUUAUGAUAACGAUGAUGAUGAUGCUGACAACUUUUUUUGUUAUCCUGGUUUGUCUUAGAUGUUCUCUAUAUUCUGAUUUUGGGUUACCUUA